AUGGCACAUCACUACCGUCGCCUGCUGCUUGACCCUUCCGACAUCACCGCCCCUGCGGUGAAUAAAACCAGCCCCUCUUACGAUGGCGGCGAUUUCGACGGCAACAUGAUGAUCAUCUUGGUGGCUCUGCUCUGUGCAUUGCUCUGCGCGGUGGCCCUCAACUCCACUGUCCGUUGCUUCCUGCGCUGCAGUGCGUCUCGGGGAGGCGGGCGCGAGGCUGCGGUCAAGAAGGAGGCGCUGAGCCGGAUCCCGGUGGUGGCCUAUGUAGCCGGGCCGGCCACGGACUGCCCUAUUUGCCUCGGGGAGUUCGUUGCAGGCGAAGAUGUACGCCUCUUUCCGACGUGUAAUCACGAGUUUCAUGCCUCGUGCGUCGAUAGGUGGCUUAUUUUGCAUUCGUCUUGCCCCACUUGCCGCCGGCUGUUGAUAUAA